GCUACCAUUAUGAACUUGUAUUUUUUCGUCAUUCUGGCUUAUUUGCUGGUCGGAUUUGUGUGGGGACAAAAUUGCAACAAGCCUUGCGGAAAAUGCAUUCUGCCUACCUGCAACUUUGAUGGAAAAUGUUUCUUUGAGGGAAGCAGCGCUUGUGCUCUGGAAAACGAAAUUUGCCGACGAAAAAAGGAAAAACUUGCCAAAUUCAUAAGAACCGUGUCUGGGUUCUGUGAGCCGGAUGUUAAAAUGUGUAAGACCUAAAUACAAUGUUUUCAAUUGGAGUAUAACAAAAAUAAAUCUAUAUUAAAUUGUUGUUUCUUUUUGCCUAA